AUGUCAGCCAGAAGACGGGAUGCUAGUCCACCUAAAUAUGAGGAAGGAUUUCGUCAACUUCAACUUCGAAUCCCGAAAUGCAUUAGUUUCAAACCGAAAAAUUCUGCCGAUGAAUUGUGCCAUUGUGGUCGCAGGUUGAGUGCGCAUGAACCAAAAGUGUUAAAAAAAGUGUUGCUUGAAAUCUGGAAAUUACCGAAACCACGUUUAAUAAUGUCAAUUAUUGGUGGUGCCAGAUAUUUUAAACUAGCUGAAGGACUAGAAGCAAAAUUUAUCAAUGAAAUCAUAAAUGUUGCUUUAAAAUCUGGUAAAAAUGCAACAAAAGUUCCGCGUAUUGUCAUUAAACAGCGCUUUAUCAAGCGUUUGAAAACAUCCACAGCGUGGUUGAUAACAAAUGGCUUCAAUAUUGGCAUCGUACAAUUAGUUGGUCAUGCUAUAAGUAAGAGUAGAUUAACAAGUGUUGAUAAGAAAAAAAUAACGGCCAUUGGUAUAGCAAAGUAUGGCUGUAUCAAAGAUUUUGAAAAGUUAAAAAAGCCUGAACAUGGUGAAAACCAGCCGAAUAACGCACAUAAUGUACCAUUCAUAGGUGGAGAAGAAGUACAACCAAGACAACGUGGCGAACAGGAUCUAGAGAUGAAUCACACACAUUAUAUUUUAUUAGAUGAUGGUACAUUACGUCAAUAUGAUACUGAAGAUUAUAGAACAAGAUUAGUUCACGAAAUAGCAAACGACAUAAGUAUAGUGCCUACGGUAACAAUUGUUGUCGAGGGUGGCCGAGAUACAAUUAAAAAUAUGUAUUAUGAUUUACGGAGAAAUAUUCCAGUUAUUAUUAUUGACGGUAGUGGAAGAGCAGCUGAUUUUUUCACUCGGUGGUUAUCAUAUACAAAAGACGAGGACAGCGAAGAUAUUAAAUUAAAUAAUAAUGGUAUGAAAGAUCGUGAUUCAGACUUGCCAAUUGACAUUGGGGAAUUGUAUGAGCUACCGAAAGAUAGCACAAGCAGACGGCGGCAUCAGUCAGACAUGCAACAAUUAACAACUGAGGAUGAAAGCAAUGAACGAAAUACAUCUAAGACGUUUUCUAUAUCUGAUAAAUCAUGUUUGCAUAGUCUGGUACAGAAAUUUGAUGCACAUGUAAACCAAAUAAAAGAUGAAUUGGCUGCAAUUGUUUCUCGUGAUGAUGAACUACCUAAGGCAAAAGUUAAGAAACAAGUAAAAGAAAAAGUUGAUGACUGUAUUUUACAAGUUCUGUAUUGUCUUCAACGAGGUGUUCGGUCAAAUAUAACAAUAUUUAAACUGGAUAAUGACAAUGAUUUAUCAACUACAAUAUUUAGAAGUAUUUGUAAAUCUCAUCAAAAGUUAAUCGAAAAAUCGGAUAUCAGUAGAAUGACAACAGCUGAAUAUGAUCAAGCUCGUUUACAUCCACGUUUAAUGCAAAGAGAAAAAGAGAUCGUUUCUGAAAGUGUUAGACAUGAAACGAGGGAUGAAGUAAACUUACAAAAAGAUCAAUUAUUAGAUUUAGCAUUGAGUUGGGAUGCAAUUGAAGUCGCUAAAGAAUUAAUUAUCAAAGGUUCACUUGACAAUAUAAUUGUAAGUUACAUAUACUUUCCACGGUUUUUCGUAGUGAUGCUGAUGCUACAAAACGGUCUAGUGUACAGUGCGAAAGAAACCAUUUGAGGUGAUAAGAGAAUAUUAUCCAUUCGAUUGAGGGCAAAAAGGGUUUUUUUAAUUCAAAUUUUCGAGCUCCCAAUAAGCAGCUAGAAAGCUCGGAAUUGUUUUCUUUUAUAGUCAACAUCCAUUUGGACUUCCUGGCGAAGCCGAAUAUUUGAGUUUUUGCUGAUUAAAAUAAAGCAAAAACUUAAAAGAAAAAUCCUUGAAAACUCCCUGAAGUAUUCGAAAGAUCCUUAUUUAUAUCUGGAGCAAAAAACAUAUUUCGAACAUCUGACUUCUUUAGGAGAUUCACUUUCUGAUGAGAUCACAUAUCUCGGUACCAUUUUUUUGCGUUCUAUCCAUACACUACACGCAGUAUAUACGGCCAGAUGUGGCCACCUCACCAGCCUAUAACUAUGGCUCAUAUAGCGGAUUGCAGCAAUGGCAGAAUUCCUACAUUUCAGACGUUCUACAGAAUUCUAUAGAAUUCUACAUUUUCCCUAUGAAUUCUACAACAACUUUUUCACAGCUAAAACAUGAUAAGUCCUAGUUAUUCUCAAAACAGAAAUCUAGAAAAUGUAUAAAAUUCUAUAGAAUUCUAAUAGUACAGAUAUAUUUAUUAUUGACCAAGUUUGAGUCAAGCGGAAAUGUAUAGAAUUCUAUAAAAUUCUACGUUAGUGCAGGCAUAGUUGCUAACCUAGAAUUCUAUAGAAUUCUAUACAUUUUCGCUUGUCUCCCACUCGGCUAAUAUAUUCUACAUGUGUAGUAAGGUAGAAUUCUACAGAAUUCUACGUUAGCAUAGAGAUACUUUUUAUUGACCAAGUUUGAGUCAAGCGGAAAUGUAUAGAAUUCUAGGUGAGCAACUAUGUCUGUACUAACAUAGAAUUCUAUAGAAUAGCUGAAUUGCAGGAACUCUGACAUCCCUCGCGGAUUGUGGAAUUUUAUUGCGUCUAGUAGCACGCCGAUAACUUUCGAAAAGCCACACAGAGGUGAGCAAUAUCUUAUGUUGACGAACGCCUGCUCUAUAAAUCUCUAUCUACAUUUUCGCGUUGAACGCAACCCUUUCUGAAAAAGUAUUUUAUGGCACUUCUAGAAAACCUUCAAUACUGCUGAAGUGGUUUUCCAAUAAUUAGAUGAAUAUUCUCCCCUAUUUUUGGGUUAAUUUUGUAUGGUAGAGGCGGCUAAGGAAGGACGCACAGUGGGCAAUUUUGACUAGGCAUGUGAACAUUGGCUUUUAAAGCGCUUAAAAGAUUUCUCUGCUAUGUUUUUGUCGAGCACCCAUUAUACUGCGGCACGCUUUUUGGAACACACUUGGCAUAGAAAGAAAUUUUUUUUUCUCGGUGAUAAAGCGUUUUGGAAAGUUUUUCUUGUAGGAAUCGAUAGAGUCAAAGGUCUAGUUUCGCACGAUGUAUAAGUUUUGCGAAAAUCGUACUUUGUUUGGACGAAAAUAAUUUUUUUAACUUAAUCGCUCUGAUUUCCGACAAAAAAUUUACAUGGCGAUUUUGUCACUAAUUAUAACACCUAGAAAAGACUGCCAAUGGCAAAAAGAUACAGCGUUUGCCCAAGUAUAUGGCCUGCUAUUUGAAUUUGCCAAAAGUCCACUUUCGUUUUUUCACCUAAUGCCCACAUGGUUGCCCACUGUGGGCUGGACAUAAUUGAAAAUUUACUAUGUCUGCAGUUAUUCAAAUCUGCGCGUUCGUUGAAUAUACAAGAGGACUGCAUCCAGCAAACAUGUUGAAGUAUCAUGAUCUAAGUCUAAGCCACUCGGUAACAAAGUGUCAACUGAGAAUGUAGGCAUGAAAGAAAGUUUUUGUGAAAGAUUUUGUCGUUGCGUAUUAUGUAGUGAACAAUUUGGUGAACAACAUUUGGUGAAUAAUUCAUUUUUAUAUUAUUUGUCUUUGGAACUGUACCCGCAGUAGCGGCCGCUUGCCGUUACAUAUUUUAUUUUCUCUUUCUUAAACAGUUUGAGAAACUUCUUCUAUGCGUUCUUUGUAUAGAGAGAGUGAAAUCAAUUAAUAAUUGUUUUUUAUUAUUAUUUUAUGUUCCAUAGUGACACGAAAUGUGGAGACACAUUAUCUUCGUGUCGACAAUUCAUUAAAAAAAAUCAGUUUUUUGUUUUCUUCAAAAAUUGUAAACUAAAAUUGUAAACUUCUUCGACUUCUUCUUCUUCUUCUCUCGUCUGAAGAGAAAAGGAAUUCUCAUCAUCAUCCUCUCCAAUCUUCUUCUGUUAUCAUACAAAAGAAGAAGAAAUUCUAAUACUUUAAGUUUAUAAUUAAUAUAAACUAAAUCUUACAUUUAAUUUAUCUUUAAUAUUCUUUUAAAAUUAUAAAAUAUAAUUUAGUGUUUUCAUUUGCAUUACUAUAAUUUCGUUUUGCGCUCCUUCUCCUAAUCAAUCGUUAUCAAUUGAAGAGAAGCAGAUUAUCAAAUAUCAUCAACAACCAUUAGAUAUUAUUAUUAACUGUUACUAUUUCAUCAUUGUACAUUAGUUUUUCUGUAAAAUAUUUUAACGUAAUAAUAAUUUGUUGUUGGUGUGCAAACCGAGCUGAAGAUUGCUUUUGUUAUAGCAAGUUAUAGAGAGCUAACAUGCUACUAUACCCCACCCCCUUCCUAGCAAAAGGUUAUGCACAAUCCUGUGUGUAGCUUAAUAACGGGAAAAAAUUCAUUCAAGUUUAUUUUUUUCCAAAUUUCCAUACCACCUGCCAGCGCACAUCGCUCGUAUUUGAAACUCAAUAUUGUAAUCUUUGUGAAGAACGGACUUUUCGCUGUGAGAAGCUUCCUUAAGAAUGCUUGAUUUAAAAAUUUAGCUCAACAAAGUGUUUUAAUUCUUUAAUAUAGUGGGGGGGGGGGGGGGGGGGGGGGGGGGGGGGGGGGGGGGGGGGGGGGGGGGGGGGGGGGGGGGGGGGGGGGGGGGGGGGGGGGGGGGGGGGGGGGGGGGGGGGGGGGGGGGGGGGGGGGGGGGG